AUGACGAAUUACCAGUUUCAGCCUUCGGGUAUGGGGGGCGACCGCUAUACACCAAAUCCUCAUGGACCAGUUAACAAGCCGCACAAGGACUUCAAGCAGAAGUUGCCGGUCUGGGAGAGCCUUCGUCGGGAGCUGUAUCAGUCUUUUGUGGAGAUCGAUGAGGCUGUCAAAUUGGUGGAUAGAGGGGACGCGACGGGUCAAACACUUAUUGCUACAAGUGUCUUGGAAUUGAGGCGGUCAAGUAGUGCAGCAGAGGCAUCUGCAAUGAAGCACAUUCUGAGCAUCUUCAACAUACAUUGCCUUCAAUUCCUCUACAAGAAAUGCCUGACACCACUGGCACGGAAGACUUGA